GCAGACGCGGCCGAGACGUGGCACCUAAACACAGACAGGAAGAAAUACUUUCAGCUGUAUGAUGACAGCCACUGGAGCCGCUUUCCAUCUGAAUUUGAGUCGUCUGUUUAAAUGACAGCGUACAUCAUUAACCUAAAACAAACGGAUAUUUAAGCGUUUCAGCGUGACAGCGCAUGUUGCUAUGGGUCUCUGCAAGUGUCCCAAGAGAAAGGUGACCAAUUUAUUCUGCUUUGAACAUCGUGUGAACGUGUGCGAGCACUGCCUUGUUUCCAACCACAACAAGUGUAUUGUACAGUCUUAUCUGCAAUGGCUUCAAGACAGCGAUUACAAUCCAAACUGCACUCUGUGCAAUACUCCACUGAACACACAGGACACAGUCAGACUGAUCUGCUAUGAUGUGUUUCACUGGGCAUGUCUUAAUAGCUUGGCAUCUCGGCUGCCCCUCCACACAGCCCCAGCAGGGUAUCAGUGUCCCACCUGCCAGGGUGCACUCUUUCCCCCCUCUAACCUGGCCAGCCCGGUGGCUGAUGUGCUGAAAGAGCAGCUGUCCUCUGUUAACUGGGCUCGGGCUGGCUUAGGAUUGCCUCUGAUUCAAGAGCCUGUUGGGGUCCUUGAAGAGACAACUAAUAGUGUGUCUGAUUAUACGGACUGGUCAACGUUUGAUGCUCAAGAAAAAAGCAACAUGCACCCCAGUCACUCCUUCAACACAAGCCUCAGCCCACCAUCUGUUCCUCCUCCACCACACGAGGACCAUGAGGGUCGUCACAUGAAUGAGCAGUCAAACGUAAAGGAUCACACUUUGAUUAACUUUACUACAGCCGAGCCCAGCUGCGACACUAUUACAAUGCACACAGCAUCAUCACCAAGAAAGGUCUAUGAUACCCGGGACGCUGCCCACAGCUCCGUCACACAGAUCGACUUUGAUGACGACAAGUACCGGCGGCGACCGGCCCUGAGUUGGUUUGCACAGAUUUUAAAAAACCGGACGGGUGGAAAGCGGACGUCUCUGUCCUGGAAGCAGCGAGUCUUCGUGCUCCUUUUGGUCGGAGUUCUCGGGUUCUUUACGUUGAUAAUUGUCAUGGCUAAACUUGGACGUGCCUCAGCCGGCUCAGACCCAAAUUUAGAUCCUCUUCUCAACCCCAACAUUCGUGUGGGAAAAAACUGAAAACAAGCAGUGAUUCACACACACACACCCCUCCUUUAACUUGUGCGUUACACAGCAUAAACCAAUGUAGUGGCCUGAAAUGGGACCACAUGAAACACAAUCAGCCCAGCAGAGGGAGCUGCUCAGCCCACUUUAAGAGGCCACAGGAGCAUGUCACAGGUUUUCAGACUGGAAAGAAACAUUUCUUGCACUGAUCAGGAGCUCUCCUGUAAUAUCUGUGAUCCACAAACUCCAACAGUGAUCAAGACUCUGUGCAAGUUCACACUUUUAUUGUUUUGGUGAUGAGGGGGACAAGCUGAAUUCAGCUUCUUUUUUUUUCUGAGGGAUUUUUCUAAGUUAAUUAAUUUUUCUUUUUUUCCCCACAAAUUCACUUUAAAUAGUGUUGAUGUUGAGCAAACAUUUCCGUGUUUAAGACAGAGGUGUCAGAACGUACUACACUGUUUGCAGUGUAACAUUUACACAGUUAUAAAGUGAGUUGUUUGCUGAUAAGGGACUUUGCGCCUUUGUCCUUCACAGCAGAUGAGGACACAGUCAGCUCUGCACAUACUACUAGGAGUGUCGGGAAUACUCCUAAAAACUGAGUGCUUUGCUUUUAGUUUUGCCAUAUAUACUGUAUGUACAUUUCCUUGAUGAUUUUGGCUGUGCAUUAAAUGGGGAUAUCACAAAAAAUGAUAAUUUCAGUUGAUUUGUUUGUUUAAAGCUAAACUUGAGAACUUUUCUGAAGUUUCUUGUGCAGCAAUAUUUAAAACUAAUAUGACUAAAAGUCUUGUCCUUGAAGGAAUGCACAUCGCCUGCUGCCUUUAUAAACCAAACUUAUCUUGGCAUUGGAAAGGAUCGUUACAGUAUAUAGAUGUUUUGGUCAAACCUUAUAAAUUACGUUUUAAGAUUGAUUUAUGGUUGUUUGAGUGUUGGCUGAGAUUCAUGAGGUGUUUGCUGUAAAUGUUAAUGAGUUGAAGACUUCCAAUAAAUGAUUACUUUCCAAGUUUUACAAA